AUGUCUCGGACCCCAUUAAACGCAUUACCACUGCAAGAAAAAGACCAAACCGUCGAUAGAUCUCCCCCACGUAAAAAACUGCGUCGUCGUAUCCGUAAAGCGUGCGAGCCAUGCCGACACAGAAAAGUCAAAUGCGAUGGUGGCCACCCAUGUGAAAUCUGCAUUGGCUACGACUACAGCUGCGUUUACGCCAAUACCGAGAUCCCCACAUCUUCCUCCGAGCAAGUCAUAUCUGGAGGAAGGUUAUCAAUAGAUCCAGACCCUGCCUCACAAGCACGGAACCAGCCAUUUCAGACAUCGGAAACCCAUGAGACAACCAGUACGGAGCCGCAAAAACAGUUGUACGAACUUUCUGAAGAGCGUCAAUCUUCGCGGACAGGCAAUACCAGGUUUACGAGGGUAGAUAGUGCAAUUGCAUUCCCAAGAAGCCUUGGCUUGGCACUUAAUGCGGAUGAGCCUCCGAGGUUACAUGCAUUUGCCUGGAAUACAGGUACCAGGAUCGAUAAUAAUCCCGUAAUUCGACAGAACAUAUUGCAAUACCUUGCACCCCAGGAUGUGAAAAGUCUCUCAAACGUGUUUUUCACUUCAGUCAAUCCAAUGUUUGAUAUAAUAAGCCACGACGGGUUUAACCACCGGGCCUCUAGUUGCUGGGAAACUCAGGACAUAGAUGCUGGGUUUGAAGUAGUGUUGUGUGGAGUGUUGGCCUUAGGAUCUUUAUUUUCUGCACAACCCGCCUUCAUACGCGAAGCAGAAAUCGUCGAACAAGCAAGGUUAAUACUAGACAGCACUUUCGCACAUUCAGAAGUGUUACUCUCGGUUGACUUCGUUGUUGGUUGGCUCUUACGUGCUAUCUAUUUACGUUGUACGACGAAGCCGCAUGUUUCGUGGGUGGCGAGUAGUAUGGCGAUGCAUAUUGCAGAGUCUAUAGGACUUCAUCAAGAGAUGAGCGAGAUAAGAAUUACGCCCGGUAAGAGGGUGCUUAUGAGUGAGGAGGAGAUUAAGAGCCGCAGGAGGGUGUUUUGGACGGCUGACUGCCUGAACCGACUUUUCUCUGCGCAGUAUGGACGGACGAAGAUAACGCUUCAGAACAUUACUUGUCGAUAUCCAAUGACUGUUACCGACGAUGGAGGGGAUGACUUUAUUAGCCUUAUACGUUUGAUGCCAGAUCUUUGUGAUAUAGGCUCCCCGAGUUCAGCUACGGUCCUGACGGAUGGGAUCUUGCGGCUAGGGAAUAUGGCUAUUUCAAAGCCACCGCUCAUGUUAAUGAGAGCAGACGCAAUGUUCUGCAUCUAUCGAAAAUUAAGAUACAUCGGCGUCACACUAUCACAAAAGCAGACUGAGGUAAUCCUGUCUAUGAUUCGAUCAGCACUUGAAGCAGCAGAUUCCCUUGUCACCCAAUCGCAACAGUGGUGGACCAUCAUCGGCGUACCAUUCCACAGCAUCUGCGUGUUAAUCGCUCUUAAUACUAUGGAGAGUUUGACGCUUUUGCAGAAAGCUAUGGAGACGUUGCAGAAUGUGGUGACGAUUUUCAAUUCGCAUGUAUCGAGGGAAGCGCUCCGUACUGCGCAUUACCUUGUGAAAGUCACGGAGAAGAAACGGAGAGGAGAAUUGGAAUGCUUGCAAAGGUGCCUUAAUCUGAACGCACAGAUAAAUGUUGCUACUCCUACGCAAACUCCACAGUCAGAUAGAGCAGUGGAAAUACCUUCAUUCGAAUGGCCGACAGACAUUGAUUUGGGGUUUUUUGAUUUCCUAAAUACAAAUUAUAUGGAUGGAGGCACGGGUAUGGCAGGCGGCAUAGAUGGAUUACAUAGUUCUUAG